AUGCGUCUUCCAACGGAGGAUCCUGAUGAGGGCCAGGCUCGCACCACCAAAAGAGGCAGCGAGCAAGCCCCAGCGCUCAGCCCAAAUGCGCGAGCAAUGGACAAGACGCAGCAGAUCCCAAUUUCUUGCAUUUCCUUUUUUGCAAUCCUAGCGGCAGCAAGUGCCAUGUAUUGCCUCUACUUCAAGCCGUGGAUGAGCAUCAAUGCUGACCUGCAAGUGUCCCCGUACUUGAAUUUCCAGGAAAAACAGAUGCAGUGCCACAAGGGGUGCCGGCAACAUGAUGUGGCGAAUUCGCAUUGCCUUCAACAAUGCUUGCCACAGAAGCAAAAGUGUAUUGAUUCGCAAUGCGACAUGGACUCUGAGUCUUUUGAGUUUGCCGCUUGCGCAUUGAAGUGCCAUGCCUCCGAGUGUGAAGCAAAGUGCUCUAGCAGCGGCCAACGGGCCUCGCAGUGCCAUUUGUCCUGUACACCAGACCUGAGGACCCUGCCAGAGGACCCAGCUUGCGUCAAGGAAUGUGAGGCGAAGCACGAUGCUUCUUGCAUGGCUGGGUGCGCUGAGCUCACCAAGCAAUGCCUGGACAGCGAGUGCAUUGGCAGAAGCCACCAGGAGUAUGCUCAUUGCCAGUCGCGGUGCGAAUUGAAAAGCUGCGGUUCUUCCUGCCAGGAGGCACACAAAUCCUUCGAUGAGUGUUCAGCCCGCUGCUAUCCUCAGAGUCCAUCAGGCAAAGAAGCAAUGUUUGUUCCACCCUCUGUUCGAGCCGCGUCCAUGGCCUUUGUCCGCAUAAGCGAUUGCAAGAAGAUGCGCCGAGUGUACGAUGAUCGACACUUCAAGUGUUUGCAUAUUUGUGGUCCCAAGAUUGCAGCGUGUAUGCAGUCCACUU